AUGAAGACUUUGAAGCUACUACGAAGCGUGGUUCUGCUGGUCGACAUUCACAUCGCUUCGGCGCUCCACUCUCCAAGGAUAUCGCCGUCGUAUGACGCUGUGGUAGUAGAUCCUUCGACUUUGGUCUUUAUCUCUGAUCCUGCGACUUAUGUCAAUCCGUUCAUUGGGACGACAAAUGGCGGCAAUGUCUUCCCUGGUGCAACGAUACCGCACGGGAUGGUGAAGGCGGGCAUGGAUACCGAUUCCCCUCAUAACCAAGCCGGAUAUGACGCAAAUGCGAUAUACAACGCCACUGGAUUUUCUCCGUUACACGACGAUGGCACCGGUGGGGCGGUCACCUUGUCGCAAUUCAAACUCUGGCCGUUCGCAUCGUGUGGAGUCGACAACACUUUUGAGUCGUGUCCGACGGCCAUACAGAGCCGGAAAGUCCUGAGACAGCUCCUGCCGGACGGUUCUCCCGAUGAUGCCGCGGAGCCUGGAUAUUUCGCGUCUAACUUGUCGACCGGUAUUCGUGUCGAGCUGACGUCCACGCGUCGCGCCGCACUGCACCGCUAUACCUUUCCCUCGGGCACAGAAUUCCCCAGACUGGCUGUAGACAUCACAAAUGAUGGACAGCAGAGCAGCACCGAACCGGUGAUGACACUGAAUACGAGCACUGCACGAGUCGUCGGAGGUGCAUCCUUUGCGGCCUCGUUUGGCCCCGGGCGAUACAGGGUUUAUACUUGUGUCGAUUUUCAAGGCGACGGCUAUGACCUGGGUGCACCUCUCGAAUAUGGGGCGUGGCUGGCGGACUACCCUGUGAAAAAUAGCGUGGCAAUUUCCCAGAUGUAUUCGAGUUUCGUUGACCAGCUAGGUGCCAUGUUCACCUUUACGCCCAACGCCAACGGGACAACAUCGAUUUUGGCACGCGUCGGCGUCUCAUUUAUCUCCUCCGCCCAGGCCUGCUCCAAUGCCGAAGAAGAGAUACCCGACUUCGACUUCGAGGGCGUGCGGUCCGCCUCGCGGGCACAGUGGAAUGACAUUCUCGCACGUGUGCAAGUGGACCCGCAGGGCGUCGACAGCGAGACCGUAGUGCUCUUCUACAGCUCGCUGUACAGGACGCAUAUCGUCCCUGCAGACUAUACGGACGAGAACCCGUUGUGGAACUCGACGGAGCCGUACUAUGACUCGUUCUACUGCAAUUGGGACACGUUUCGAACUCUGUAUCCGCUGUUGUCCCUCCACGACCCUGCCAAUUUUGCGAGGAUCGUUCGGGGGUUGAUUAACAUACAGCAACACGAAGGAUGGCUCCCCGAAUGCCGCGGUGCGACGGCCCAGCAGUGGAUACAAGGUGGCAGCAACGGCGAUCCCAUUCUUGGCGAAUUUUUGGUCAAGUAUCACCAACAAGCCGAACAGCUCAACGUCUCGUCGGCCGCUCUUUACGCAGCACUGCUCGCGGACGCGGAGGAACAGCCGCCGAACUGGGACCUUCAAGGACGCCAGCUGGAUACCUGGAAAACUCUGGGGUAUAUUCCUCAGGAUGUGUGGCAAAUCAGUGGAACGAAUACGAAGACGGUGUCGCGAACGCUGGAGUACGCGUUCAACGACUUCGCUAUUUCUCAAGUAGCGAAGGCUCUCAAUAAUACUGCGGACGCUGCCAAGUACGUACAACGUGCGGGUAACUUCGUGAAUGUCUGGAACCCAAAUACGACUGUCCCAGGGCGAGAGGAUAUCGUCGGGAUGAUGCAGCCGCGAUUCGCAAACGGCACCUUCAACUACACGGAUCCCCGGCAUUGCAGCGUCAAUGACCCCACACAGUCUACCUGCUAUCUGAAUGCAGUCAAUUACGAUGGCUUUUAUGAGGAUUCGCCAAUCGUUUAUUCUCAGUUUGUACCCCAAGAUAUGGCCAGGUUGGUCGAACUGCAAGGUGGACGGGAGAACUUCAUUGACCGGCUGAACUUUAUCUUCGACGAGAAUUAUUACGACGAGACGGAUGAGCCCUCGGAACAAAUCCCCUUUAUGUAUCAUUACGCAGAUAACCCGGGCAUGAGUACCCAGCGAUCGCGGCAGGUCAUAGCGCAGUGGUUCAAUACCUCCGUCAACGGUUUACCUGGCAACGAUGAUUCUGGUGAGAUAUAG